GCAGCCAUCUUGGGGCAUUCCACGAGGCCGGGAACGAACAGGAAAAAUUACUUCAACAACCUGCUAUAGUGGGUAUAAGAAGCUAUGCCCACUUCACAACCACUACCGCCUAAAGAGAAUGCUCUCUUCAAAAGGAUAUUGAGAUGCUACGAGCAAAAGCAGUACAAAAAUGGCCUCAAGUAUGCCAAACAGAUCCUCACGAAUCCAAAAUUCUCUGAUCAUGGAGAAACGCUUGCUAUGAAAGGGCUGACUUUGAACUGUCUUGGACGUAAAGAUGAGGCCUAUGAGCACGUCAGGAAGGGUCUGAAAAAUGACCUCAAAAGCCAUGUGUGUUGGCAUGUUUUUGGCCUGUUGCAAAGGUCUGAUAGAAAGUACGAUGAAGCCAUUAAGUGCUAUAGGAAUGCACUUAAAUGGGACAAGGAAAAUAUUCAAAUCCUAAGGGACUUGUCACUGCUGCAAAUCCAGAUGAGAGAUCUUGAUGGAUAUAGGGAAACAAGAUACCAACUCCUCGUACUGCGACCAGGUCAAAGAGCAUCCUGGAUUGGCUAUGCCAUUUCCUAUCAUCUUCUAAAGGAUUACGAUAUGGCAUAUAAAAUCCUGGAAGAAUAUAGAAAGACCCUUAAUAUGUCUCUGUCCAAGAUGGAUAUUGAACAUAGUGAGCUUCUUCUUUAUCAAAAUAUGGUGUUGAAGGAGUCUGGACAGUUAAGAGAAUCUUUGAAAUAUCUAGAUGAUAAUGAUCAGUUGAUUUGUGACAAGCUGACAGUGAAGGAAAUUAAAGGUGAGAUUCUUAUGGAAUUGAAGGAAUUCAAGCAAGCUGAGGAAAUUUACAGAGAUCUUAUCAAGAGAAAUCCAGAAAACCAUUAUUAUUAUAAACAGCUAGAAUUAGCCCUCCAAUUAGAUAAUGCUGAAGACAAACUUAACAUGUAUCUUGAAUACUCGUCACUUUACCCUAAGGCAACAACUCCCAAGAGAUUGCCUCUAAACUUCACAACUGGUGAAACAUUUGCUGGCCUUGUAGACAAGUACAUGAGACCAGCCAUCCACAAGGGAGUUCCUCCCCUGUUUAAUGAUCUCAAAUCCUUGUAUGCUGAUAAAGAAAAGGGUAAGAUCAUUGGUGAUACUGCAUUUAGGUAUCUGGAAAACCUUGAAAAAUAUAGUACACUAGGUGGAAAAGGUGGAGAUUUGGAACCACCUACAGCAACACUUUGGACAUUGUAUUUCAUUGCUCAACAUUAUGAUUACUUAGAAAACACAGAAAAAGCUUUGGAAUAUAUAAAUCGUGCUAUUGACCAUACACCAACUCUCAUUGAAGCCUAUAUGAUCAAGGCAAUGAUAUAUAAGCAUGCUGGUGAUAUUGAUAAGGCAGCAGACAUAGUCGAUGAAGCCAGAGCUCUGGAUACUGCAGACCGUUAUGUGAACUGUAAAUGUGCUAAGUAUCAGCUUAAAGCAAAUCAAGUACAGAAAGCUGAAGAAACUUGUGCUAUGUUUACCAGAGAUGGUUUCCAAGCAGCAGAUAACCUGAAUGAAAUGCAGUGUAUGUGGUAUCAGACAGAAUGUGGUUAUGCUUAUCUGCGGCUAGGGAAGCUAGGGGAAGCACUAAAGAAGGCCCAUGAGCUAGAUAAACAUUUUGAGGAGAUAACAGAAGACCAGUUCGACUUCCAUACAUAUUGUAUGAGAAAGAUGACUCUCUGUGCUUAUGUAAAGUUGUUACGCCUGGAAGAUGUCUUAAGGAGUCACAAGUUUUACUUUAAAGCUGCACAAAUAGCAGUAGAGUGCUAUUUACGAUUGCACGACAAGCCUCUGACAUCGAGUGAUGAGGAUGAUGAUCUGAAUAACAGCCAUCUGUCUGCCAAGGAGCUGAAAAAGCUACGCAGCAAACAGAGACGUGCAGAGAAAAAAGCUCAGCACCAGGAGAAUAUGAAAGCAAAUGAGGUCAAAGAAUCAAAGGAUGCAGAGAAGAAAACUGAAGCAACAAAAGAUUCUUCUCUUGACCCAGACGCUUUAGCGAGGGUGUCAGACCCAUUGGAUCAAGCCUUGAAGUUUGUGAAGCCUUUGCAGAGUUUAGCUUCCCAUCGUAUUGAAACCCACUUGAUGGCUUAUGAAAUUUAUUACAGAAAAGGCAAGCUUUUAUUGAUGUUACAAGCAAUAAAGCGAGCUUUUCGUAUUGAUCCUGAGAAUGCCAAACUACAUGAGUGUAUCAUUAGAUUUUCUAGAAAAGUGGCUGAAUCCACUAGUAUAAGAGAACCAGUAGCUGUGUUGAUUAAACGUGAACUGAAGGCUAUCGUUGGUGAUGAAGACAUGAUGCAGUACAACAAGAAAUUUAUCGAGAAGGGACGGGAAUCUGUUACCAAAAGAUUAGCAGGUGCCAAGAUGAUGUAUUGUCUUGACCCAUCUCGAAAGGAAGAGGCACUAAGUUUGGCAACAGAUUUAUCAGAUACUUUGAUAGAUAGAAAUCGAACGAAUUGUACAAUGGUUUUCAACUCGCUAAAGGAAGGUGAUUUUGGCGAAUGUAAUGAAGCAAGCCAGAAAUACAAGAAUGGAUGUCACGAGCUCUUUAGGUAUUCUAAUCUUUUCUCUGGAGACGACAACUCCCCUAAAGUAAAUGGACUCGACGAAAAACCCAUGGCAGAAGAAGAUCCUGUAUGCGAUGGAGAAGCGUAGGACUGUACGAAUUUAAUUGGGAUAUUUCAAAAUGUUUAAGCACAGGAGUGCACUUUGUAUCUCAUCUUCAAACGAUGACUUUGAAAAGGCCAUUGAAUUCUGACUGCAUUGUCCUUUUUGAAAGAUCUUCCUUGAAAUGACUGCCAGUGUUUAGAACCAACAUUCCCAGUCCGUGGAAAUGUGAUGAACUUGGUGAACAGCUAGUUUAAUUUCGUGUGCUUCUCGCACGUCCUGUGGUUGUACGGUGGGUACAAUCAUGUGAACAUUAAAACCAAAAUCACCUAGAAGGAAAACGAUUCUAAAGACAAAAAUUAUUAAUGCUAGUUUUUAAAUUUUUUGCUUUGCACAUUGUAGGUCUAACUCUUGGUUUGUUAAUCCAUGUAUUAGAUAUUUUGUAACGGUCAUUCUCUGGUAAAUUGAUUUUCUUUCCUGGUUGAGUUUUCACAACUACCUGGGAAUUGAGCCUUAAAAUUGGUGAAUAAUUAUAUUUUUAUCUUGCUCACUUCCGGUCUUGAAAUGAUUUUUUUUCUUUUCUGGCUUUGAAACGAGAGCUUGUAAACAUUUAUCAUUUUAUUACCAAAAAGACUAGUCGACUGACUCUUACAGAAAUCCCCAAGACAAGACAAUAAUAAACAACACAUAGGAUGUUAA